AUGGCAACAGCGCUUACUGAAUUAAUUAACAAAUAUCGACACAAUCGAAAGAUGCUAUUAUUCAUUGUGUAUAUUGCUUUAUUUUUGGAUAAUAUGCUUUUGACUACCGUUGUACCAAUAGUACCGGAAUAUCUUCUACGACUAUCACAUCCAAAUUUCACAGAUUUAUUGUUGUAUGAUAAAAUAUCGGUAUCAGAACAAUCACGAGUCAAACGUGCUACCUUUAUGGAAAAGAGAGAGGAAAAUGAAAAUGAACAAGAACCGUUCAUUUGGGAUGAUGCUUGGGAAAUUCCAAUGGAUUUGCAUGCAGCAACGGAAUGGCGGAAAGGUCCACUGAAUCCAUUUCGUAAAAGCAAAAAUUUGAAGAAAAAACCAUCUUCAAAGGGUAAAACUUCUCGAACAACUACUAUACGCAUGAAAAUGACAGCAACGGAAACAUCCAUUACAAAUAAAAAUAGUAAAAUGGAUCAAAGAGUUAUACCGAAUGCUGCGGAAGAAAUGAAACGUCAUAAUACUUUAACUGAAGAAAAUGUUUACGUUGGAUUGAUGUUUGGAUCAAAAGCGCUUGUACAAUUGCUAACAAAUCCAUGGAUUGGUCCUCUUACCAAUAAAAUUGGUUACACAGUUCCAAUGUUUACUGGCUUCUGCGUUAUGUUUUUGUCAACUUUAAUGUUUACAUUUGGUACAUCGUUUGCUGUACUUUGGUUCGCUCGAGCUUUACAAGGUGUUGGAUCUGCGUGUACAAGUACUUCAGGUAUGGGAAUGCUUGCACAAGCUUAUCCGAACGAUGAAGAACGUGGUAGUGCUAUGGGUAUAGCAUUGGGUGGCCUAGCACUUGGCCUACUUAUUGGACCACCGUAUGGAGGAGUUCUAUAUCAGUGGUCAGGCAAAGAGUUGCCAUUCUUACUUCUUGCACUAUUAGCUCUAUUUGACGGUUCUCUGCAAUUUUUGGUGCUACAACCGCGAAUAGAUCGAUGUGAACCAGAAGGAACUGGUUUAAAAGAACUUGCCACUGAUCCAUAUAUCAUUGUCGCUGCCGGAUCAAUAACAAUCGGAAAUCUUGGAAUAGCAAUGCUGGAACCAUCAUUACCAUUAUGGAUGAUGGAAUCUUGGCAAGCUAGUUCAUUUGAACGUGGUAUCGCUUUUCUUCCAGCUAGUAUGUCUUACCUGAUUGGUACAAAUAUAUUUGGACCAUUGGCACAUAAAAUCGGACGCUGGCUGAGCAGUUUUUUGGGUCUCAUAAUAAUCGGCGUUUGCUUAAUCAUUAUUCCGACAGCUGAAGGAGUUGAAGGAUUGAUAGUACCAAAUUUUUUAAUGGGCUUCUCGAUUGGUAUGAUUGAUGCGUCGAUGUUUCCCUUAAUGGGUCAUCUGGUGGAUAUACGUCAUGUCGGUGUUUACGGAUCAAUAUAUGCAAUUGCAGAUGCAGCAUUUUGUUUUGCUUUUGCUUUGGGUCCUUUUUUUUCCGGUCCUCUAGUUCGUUCCGUCGGAUUUGCUUCAAUGCUUCGUAUAAUUGCAGCGAUAAAUUUCUUAUAUGCUCCUCUCAUGUUAUUUUUGCGUAAUCCAGCAGAAAUAAACAAAAUCAACAACAUCAUAAAAGAACCAGCAGAGACGAAAAAAUUCACAAAUGAUAUGUAUGAACAAAUUGAAGGUACUACUAAUUUGGCACAUUCUGAAAUACGACACUUCGAAGGAUAUCAUUACUGA